GGCAGUUCCUUUCUCUUUUUCUCCCCUAGUUCCAUCCCUCGCCACUCCCCGUGUUUUCAGUCUCUGAGCCUACUUAACCAGCUGUGGUUUCGGGGAAGUCAGAUGACCUUUUCUCUUCCCUGGCUCUCGGGUCUACUGUCCUGGGAACCAUGGCCCCUCUGCUGGCUCUCCUCUGCCUGCUGCAGCUGGGCCCAGGCCUGGCUGUCCUCUCCUGCUCUCAGAAUGUCAAUAUCACUGGCGGUAAUUUCACCCUCAGCCAUGGCUGGGCCCCUGGGAGCCUGCUCGUCUACUCCUGCCCUCUGGGCAUGUACCCGUCUCCAGCCUGGAGGCGAUGCCAGAGCAACGGAGAGUGGCAGACACCAAGACCUAGCUCACUUCCCACCCUGCGAUCCUUUCGAGCCCCUCGGAUGGUAAAAGCGGUCUGCAAACCUGUUCGGUGCCCAGCUCCUGCAUCCUUUGAGAAUGGCAUCUAUUUCCCUCGGCUGGGGUCUUACCCUGUGGGUGGCAACCUGAGCUUCGAGUGUGAGUAUGGCUUCACCAUGCGGGGCUCGCCUGUGAGGUACUGUCGCCCCAACGGCUUGUGGGAUGGAGAGACAGCUGUGUGUGACAAUGGGGCUAGCCACUGCCCUGACCCGGGCAUCUCAGUGGGCACAGUUCGGACGGGCUCGAGCUUUGACCUUGGGGACAAGGUCAGUUACCGCUGCUCCUCCUCAAAUCUGGUAUUGACCGGCUCUGAAGAGCGCGAGUGUCAGAGCAAUGGAGUGUGGAGUGGGUCGGAACCCAUCUGCCGACAAUCAUACUCUUACGACUUCCCUGAGGAUGUAGUAUCUGCUCUAGGCACCUCCUUCACCAACCUGCUUGGAGCCACCAAUCCCAUCCAGCAGAGGACAAAAAAUCUGGGCCGUAGAAUCCAAAUCCAGCGCUCGGGCCACCUGAACCUCUAUCUGCUGCUUGAUGCUUCGCAGAGUGUGUCAGAAAAAGACUUUGACAUCUUCAAGGAGAGCGCCUCACUCAUGGUGGACAGGAUCUUUAGCUUUGAGAUAAAGGUCAGCGUAGCUAUCAUCACCUUCGCCUCUCGGCCCAAAGUCGUCAUGUCGGUCCUGAGUGACAGAUCUCGGAAUGUCAUGGAGGUGAUCGCCAUUCUGGACUCUAUCAGCUACAAAGAUCACGAGAAUGCCACUGGCACUAACAUUUACGAGGCUCUCAACAGUGUCUACUACAUGAUGAAUAACCAGAUGGAUCGUCUCGGCAUGGAGUCCUCUGCCUGGCAGGAAAUCCGUCACGCCAUCAUCCUUCUGACUGACG